AUGUCAGAAAUAACAUCGUCAACGCAACAGAUAAGCUCCCGGGCUUCGUCUACUCCUUCGGCAAACUUGUUGUGGGACCGCCAGAACUGCGUGCCUUUGGAUAGAUGCCUAUCCAAAGACGACAUUAUUCUUCUCCUAACCCCGCUUGUUGUUCCACCAGAGUCCCAGGUUGAUAAGACAAGCGAUCCUUUUGAGCCUUUAGGCCGAUCUCUAGCCACAAGGCAUCCUGCAGUCCGCCACGUUCCCUAUACAAAACAACACGGCAUUACUGGGGCUCAUAUUGCAUUCAUUAAGAAGGCAGACGUUGUCAUAUUUGUCCUUACCGGAUAUUCAGACGACGACAGAACACAAACGGAGCUGGCUGACCUAGUCAACGAAGCCUGUGAUUCUCGGCCGCUCAUCGUCGUAGCGUGCUGUGACCUUGACGAGCAAGAUAUCCAAAAACACGAUUUUCCAACUAUUAUUAAGACAACCGGCUUCUCUGCAAUCGACAUGCGUCUUGUCUCUUCCGUUCUGCUCGACGGGGAGAGCGAAAGCGAGACCUCAGGUCCUGCUCCAGCCCCUGCCCCGGCUCCAACUCCUAUGGCGAUUUCGCCUCCUUCUACUCCUACUGCAGGUCCUGCCCAAGCUCCUGCCCCAGGUCCUUCGACACCCCAGGCCCCCGUCGCCUUAGCAAGCAGGCCUGCUUGGUCUGUUCAAAGAUGGUCGCCCGAUGAUAUCCCUGAAAUGCAUCGUUUAUGGAUAGACAAUGUUCCUUCCAAAUUUCAUAUCGACCGGGAGCAUUUUGGUUUGUUGAUAAAUCGACCAGAUUACGCCGUACAUCAUGUCGUACGAGAACCGAGCAUGAAUCAUUUGGUCGGCUACUGCGCGGCAUAUACAAAUAUUAGCGAUAGCAGAGGGGAAGAGCUUAUUGGGUCCCUAGCAAUCAUGGUCGUUCGACAGGACUUUCGAGGCCUGGGGAUCGGCCAGCUACUGCACGAUACGACUGUCAGCAGUCUCAGCAGAAUUCGCGGGGUCCGUAGAAUCCAGCUUGGAAGUACGUUCCCAAGGUUUCUGUACGGCAUUCCCACGGGACAUCCGAAUAUCAAGUGGUUGGAAGGAAAGGGCUGGCCAUUCGCAACGAUCCAGAAGGCGGGAGCAGGCCGCCUCAUGGCUGACUGGUUUCUACGAUUUGAGGGCGAUAAUUCACUGAACCUUGCAUCAGCAGGGUUAACCUUCAAGCCAUGUGAUCUGACAGAUGUGCCAUCGGUACUGGACAUGGUUGGGAGGGAGACGGAACGAAGACAUUACUUCGGGUGGUUCGACCAGUAUCUUCGGAUCUUGGACCAUAAUAACAUUGGAGACGUCCUCCUUGGCUUUGAAGGCUCAACCCUUGUGGCUUCUGCCAUAACGUAUAUCCCCAACAGCGGUAACCCUACUGCCGCUGAUUUGCCAUGGGCAGAUGUGAUAGGGGCAGGAGGUGGCCAGGUUGGCGGCAUCACUUGCGUCUGCAUCAAGGAUGAUGGUGCCGAAGUGGUAAACCGGCGAGAAACGAUCAAGGUCAGGCUAAUCACAGCAUGCUGCGCGUUUCUCCAAUCGAAGGGAAUGUUCGGCGCACUUGCCGACGGCCUUAAAGCCGAGGAGAAUGGAUUAGAAGCAAUUGGUUUUAAGAAAUGGGCAGAAUAUCAUGAAGUCUGGAAACACAUUUGA